AUGCACUACACACUGCGGUGGAAAGAACACGCUGAAAAUGUCUCCAGCAAGUCAAACAAGGUACUAGGCCUACUCAGCAAAUUGCAAAGAAAACUGCCUCGUGAAGCGCUGGAAACUGCCUACAACACCCUUGUACGCACGAAGCUGGAGUACGCCUCAGUCCUGUUCAGCAACAUCGGUACCACAGCCUUAACCAGCGCCACCGGAUGUGGAGGGAGCCUGACGGCUUCUUCUGGAGGCCCUGUGACGUCACCCAACUAUCCCGGUAACUAUGGCAACAAUGAGAACUGCGAGUGGUCGAUCACUGCACCAGAAGGAAGCAUCAUUCGCCUCACGUUUGACAGCUUCAACACUGAGGACGAUUAUGACUUUCUCAUCAUCUACGAUGGAGCCAGUGAUAAUGCUGCAGAGAUAGAAAGGUUAACCGGUUACCGAUCGCAAAUUAGCCCCAUCAUCAGCACAUCCAACACGCUGUUCCUGAGGUUUACAUCUGAUAGGAGUGUCAGCCGUCAGGGGUUCCAGUUCAACUACACAAGCAGUACUGCAGGUCAAUGCUGGGAUCCCGGUGUGCCGGCCAAUGGGAACAGGGAUAACAACAGUAACUUUACAUCAGGACAGACAGUCAGGUACACCUGUAUGGACGGGUAUCCGCUGAGGGGGGCUGCUAAUAUAACCUGCCAGCCGAACGGGACUUGGAGUGGUGCCACACCAACUUGUGGAGGAACCAGCGCCACCGGAUGUGGAGGGAGCCUGACGGCUCCUUCUGGAGGCCCUGUGACGUCACCCAACUAUCCCGGUAACUAUGGCAACAAUAAGAACUGCGAGUGGCUGAUCACUGUACCAGAAGGAAGCAUCAUUCGCCUCACGUUUGACAGCUUCUACACUGAGGACGGUUAUGACUUUCUCACCAUCUACGAUGGAGCCAGUGAUCAUGCUGCAGAGAUAGAAAGGUUAACCGGUUACCACGCGCAAAUCAUCCCCAUCAUCAGCACAUCCAACACGAUGUUCCUGAGGUUUACAUCUGAUUGGUUGUACAUGCACCCCCUUCAGGGGUUCCAGUUCUCCUACUUAA